CUACAGUAAGGUAUUACAUUUUUCCUGUUCUUCCACAUCCCUGCUCAACCCUAGUUUGCACCUUUUUCUUCCCAGAGAUAAAUCCGCAGAGGAUCACGUCUUCUUCAGUUCUUCACUUCAUGCUAAAAUGUUACGCACGUAGUAAAAUUCUCACGGUUUUCAUACGCCUAGGGGACUUUCACCGAAUGCAAAUCAGUACUCGAAGCGUGCAGGAAAAAUCUUGCAGAUAUAGAAAAAGACAAUCAGAGACCCGAAUUCAAGACGAUUUCCAAAUAAAAUAAUGGCGCUCUCUUCAUAUUCGCUUCGUGUAUUUGGGUCACUACUGCACAGAUCUUCCUACUCCUUCGCUCUUCAAAGUAAACUUCUCCCCCACACCCAGAACCCCAGUACCGCAUCUUUGAAUGCGACACAGCAGUCAUCCUCUUCUUGGUACUCAUCUUCUCAAAAAUGGGUCCUCCAAUCUGGGUAUUCCGUGAGAAAGAUUUGGACUUCUAUGCCACUGUGUAUGGGCAGGCGCUCCUGCAAAAUUGCCGGGAGAAAGACAGCACAGGAUGCGAAGAAAACGAAAUUGUAUUCAAAAAUUGGGAAGGAGGUUGUUUCUGUGGUAAAGAAAGGCGGCGCUAGUCCUAUAUCUAACGUAGCUUUGGCUGCUUUGCUUGAGAAAGUUAAGGACCUUGAUGUGCCCAAGGACAUAGUGGAAAGAAACAUUAAGAGAGCGUCAGAGAAGGGCCAAGAGGCUUACAUUGAGAAAGUCUAUGAGGUGUAUGGGUAUGGUGGAGUUGGCAUCAUAGUUGAGGUUUUAACGGACAAAGUGAACCGGUCAAUAGCACAGAUUAGAGAGGUGGUGAAGGAUUGUGGUGGGAAGAUGGCAGAUUCGGGGUCCAUUAUGUUCAAGUUCAGAAGGGCGCGUGUUGUUAAUGUGAAAGUGGGUGACGUUAACAGAGAUCAGCUUCUCACAAUUGCCUUAGAUGCUGGUGCUGAAGAUGUCAUUGAACCUUCCUCAGUGGAUGGGGAUGAUACCGAAGAUGAUGAUAUGCUAAGGUACUACAAAGUUGUGAGUUCGAAUGAGAAUUAUUCUGCAAUUUUAUCAAAGCUACGUGAAGAGGGAGUUAAAUUCGAACAUGAUAAUGGUUCUGAGCUACUCCCCAUCACUCCGAUUGAGUGCUUGUGGAUUCCAUAAAAUGUACACAAUAGACAGCGCUUUAUGGGUAGAUGAUGAGGCUAUGGAGUUGAACAAAGAAUUAAUGGCAAAACUACUCGAGCUUGAUGAUGUUGAUGCUGUCUAUACCGAUCAGAGGCAUUAGCAAGUCAUAUGCAUAUACUAUAAUUUAUUUGAUCCCUCCAUCCCCUAACCAACUGCACUUGCACUGUUGCACAUACGGAUGAUAGAAAUAUAUGGGCUUCUCCACCAUUUGUGGGUCGGGGUGUGGGGUGUUUGGGGUGGACGAUUCCACCUUAUGGGUGGAAAUUUACUCUAAUGUUAAUAAAAUAUUAAUAUAGUGCAAGUGCAUAUAUUAUUUGAAAA